UCUUGACAUCGAAGCGACAUCACAAUAAACGAAAUACAUCAAUAUAUACCACAUUUCUAUGCGAGUAUGCGUUCUUGAGUCGUCGUAUACUUCAUGGAGAUAAUAUUGGACAAAAAUUGAGGGUUGCUUUGUGCCUUCACCUGUCGUCAGCAGCAGCAGCAGUAGUAGAAAAAAUUGCGUUAACGAAUCUAACCUGGAAUCCAACCUAGGUGUAGGACAGAUUGCUUUAAUCGUUUAAUUAUUGCGAGGUAUUGGAUAUUUAAAUUAAGAUGAGUCAACGUUGACACAGUUCUACCCCCGCCGUUCUGUGUUAAAUUAAUUCAAACAUGAAAAUCGUUGUGAAAAUUCUACAGGGAAGAGAGUGUGUAGUUGACAUAUUGCCGUCAAACACAGUCCUCGAGUUGAAACAUAAAGUUAGUGAAUCAUUAGGAAUCGCUGUACCGAAUCAAAAGUUGAUUCAUACAGGAAAGGCCCUUGCAGACGACCAGCUUCUGAGUUUUUAUCCAACGAUAAAAGACGGUUGCAAGUUAAAUUUAUUUGUAAAGAAGCAAAUUCAAAGUGAGGGUAAGAGUGCUCAAGGUGAUACUGGCAUCCAAUUAUUCAGAAGCGAGAUGUCAAGAGUCUUGAGGCAUUAUUAUACAGAAUCUGAAACACAGUCGAUAAUUAAUGAGUUUAUGAAAGACUUAAAAAAGAAAGUAGACGGCUUGAGCUAUGACGACUUGGAAAGAUUAGCAACGGCUCUGCUUCAGGAUCAAGAAAGUACCACUUGAAGAAAUUUUCCUUGGAUUUUUUUCUGCAGAAUACCUUCAAUCAUUCGUUUGUUAAUUUUUAAUAAAACUCUGCAUCUAGAAAAUUUUUAAUUGUAAGGUUUUCCGUGCUUUGUGAAAAGUGAAUAAUGUUUUCUUGUACUGCUCACUUUUACAAAUUAAUUCUUUGCACUCUUUUUUAAUCAAUUAUUUACAACAAAUUUUCUAUACAUUCGUCCGUUUUACGCAUUAAUUUCCCUCUCAUUUCACAAAAUGGCAAACCCACAGGUGGCUGAGACGAUUGAUUUGCACAAUAUUUAACAGCAAUGUUCAACGAAAUUCCAUUCGUGAAUAAUUCAUUGAGUUGACCUAAAGAAUAUUUUAAGCAUAUGUAAUUUCUAAUAUUCAAGAGAUGUAAUGUAGCCUCUUCAAUGAUCGCUCGCUUGAAUCAACAUUCAUCCAUCAUGUUUAGCUGUUAACUAAGUGCAAGAUAAUGAUAAUAAUAAAACAAAACUUGUUACGUUAAAA